AUGGCUGCCUCGAAUGGGAACGAACAUAUUGUUCUGAAAAUGGUACACAAGCACCCUCUGGAUCAACUGAGCAGUGAGGAGGUCAAUAUCGCGCGACAAGCUGUCCUAGACGCUCGCAAGGCUACAAUCCUUUUCCGUAAUAUCUACACCGCCGAGCCACCUAAAGCCAAACUCAUCAAGUUCCUCGACGCUGAACAUGCCGGGACCCUCACCUCGGGAACUCCGCGGCCCCCUCGCCAGGCUCGUGUCCAGUAUGAUGUUGUUUUCGAGGAUCGAAGCCAUGAGUACAUGGAAUCCGUGAUCGACAUUGCCUCGGGAACGGAGGUGGAUCAUCGACAGGUGGACAAGAACUUGCAGCAAUCGUUGACGGUAGAUGAGUUCAGGGAAUUUAAUGAAGUUUGCGUCAAGUCGGAAAUAUUCAAGAAUGCUAUUAAGGAACUGAGCCUCGAUGAAAAGUUUGAAAUCGCCAUUGAUCCGUGGCCCUAUGGGGGACCGGAUCCUGGCGAGGUCACUCCUCGGUACACCCAAGGUCUGUGUUUCGCUAAGCUACGAAAUGGCAACCCCGACAGUAAUCACUAUGGGUUCCCUCUGCCUAUUAUUCCGGUGAUGGACACAUAUAAGAAAGAGAUCAUUCGUAUUGACCGUCUCGCCACGGGUGGCACCGAAGACGGGUUGGAAUACAGUACUCGAGCCAAAAAAGUUCUUGAGCAUUGCCGACCGGCUGAAUACGUUCCGGAGCUGCUGGACACUCCUCUCCGCACGGAUUUGAAACCGUUGAAUGUACUGCAACCAGCCGGGCCAUCAUUCGCCGUCAGUGACGAAUCGCUUGUUGAAUGGCAGAAAUGGAGAUUCAGAGUUGGAUUCACCCCUCGCGAGUGUGCAGUCCUUUAUGAUGUCCACUAUGAUGGCCGAAGUGUGCUCUACCGAUUGAGCUUGUCGGAAAUGACAGUGCCAUACGGUGAUCCUCGCCCACCCUUCCAGCGAAAGCAGGCUUUCGAUUUCGGCGAUGCGGGAGCCGGUCGAUCUGCAAAUAACCUCGCACUUGGCUGCGACUGUCUGGGCGUAAUCAAAUAUAUCGACGCUAUGCUUGUGGACUCAGAAGGUAGACCAUCAGUGUCGAAGAACGUUGUCUGCAUCCACGAACAAGACAACGGUAUCGGAUGGAAACACACCAACUUCAGAACGAAUCGAGCCGUGGUAACAAGGUCUCGAGAGCUUGUGGUUCAAUUUAUUAUAACUCUUGCAAACUAUGAGUAUAUCUUUGCCUACAAAUUUGAUCAAGCAGGAGGUAUAACUGUUGAGACUCGAGCUACCGGCAUCGUGUCAGUAGUCAACAUUGACCCUGGCAAGGUCAGUCCAUACGGAAAUGUUGUAUCUCCAGGGGCUCUCGCACAGAACCACCAGCAUAUCUUUGCAGUUCGAAUCGACCCGGCCAUCGAUGGAUAUGCCAAUACGAUAUUCACGGAAGAGUCGUUGCCCAUACCUAUGAAUCCCAAGACCAAUCCUUUCGGUAACGGAUACAAGGUUGUCCGGAAGCCAAUAACGAAAUCAGCCUCCAUUCACGCUUCGCCCUUUACCAACUUGACCAUUAAAAUGGCCAAUAGCAACAAGAUUAACCCUGUUUCUCAAAGACCUGUGGCAUACAAGUUCAUUCCAUCGCCUUCUCAAUUAAUCUUGGCCGAUCCGGAAUCCAUUGUGGCCAAGCGAGCGGCAUUUGCUCAUCACCACGUCUGGGUGACCAAAUACAAGGAUGGAGAAUUGUUUGCCGCGGGAGAGUUUACCAAUCAAUCGCAAAAGGAGGUCGGCGGUGUUGCGGAUGCGGCUGCUCGUAAUGAAGACGUGGAGAACGAGGACGUAGUGGUAUGGAAUGUCUUUGGUCUCACGCACAAUCCUCGUGUGGAAGACUGGCCUGUCAUGCCAGUGGAAAUCCAUCAACUUCAUUUGAGGCCGGCAGACUUCUUCGACAAGAACCCUGCAUUGGAUGUUCCAAGCAACAAGAAUCUCGGCAGUGUGGAAGUCGGACGAGAGACGAAUGGAACUUGCUGCCACGCUAAUUGA